CAUCGUCACAGCUACACAGAUCACAACCUGCCCCGCGUGAGAGAGGCGAAACUGCUUCACAUUUUGACAGAAAGUCUGGGGAAGCUCUUCGUAGAUCUGACAGAGGUACAGGGGUCCUCCAGGUUCUACUUUUCACAAUCUUGGACAUAGGAGACUGACGUUUCCUCUAAAUGUCUUCUCUGUCUUGUAGUAUGGCGGCGUGGGACCUGUCAGUCACUGUGGUGGACCUGGGGCCUGAUGCCCCACCUGUCACCCUCAGUGUGACCUCUGACCUCCAUGUGGGAGGGGUCAUCCUCAAGCUGGUGGAGAAGACACAAAUUAAACGUGACUGGUCAGACCAUGCACUGUGGUGGGAACAGAAGCAGAAGUGGCUGCUCCGAACAGCCUGGACUCUGGAGAAAUAUGAGAUCCACGCUGAUGCGCGGCUGCUCUUCAUACCUCAACAUAAACCCCUGAGGCUGGGUCUGCCCAACGGCAUCACCCUCAGGCUCCUCGCCUCCUUCUCUAGCCCCGUUUUCCAGACCGUGAUGGGCAUCUGCAGAAUGCUCAACAUUCGUCACCCAGAGGAACUUUCCCUCCUCCGUCCAGUUGAAGAGAAAAAGAAGAAGAAAGAUAAAGAUUCUGCAGAGGAGAUCUACGACCUGACUGAGGUGCCCCUCUCCUCAGCAUCCCGUCCCUGUUUGUAUAAUGGGAUGCCAGCUCACUUUGCUGACUCACCCCAGAUGGAGGCCAUCUACAAAAUGCUGUCAAUCACCCAGCCUCCCCCUGCUCCUGAGGUCAUAGCCAAGCAGUACCGGCCCGCCAGCGUGGUGGACAAAGCCCACAUUAAUGGCAGGUGGUUGGACUCAUCCCGUUGUCUCAUGCAGCAAGGCAUUCAAGAAAAUGACCGUGUCUGGCUCCGCUUCAAAUACUUUGCCUUCUAUGAUAUCGAGCCCAAGUACGAUGUAGUACGUCUGGCACAGCUGUAUGAGCAGGCUCGAUGGGCCAUCCUGCUGGAGGACAUCGACUGCACUGAGGAGGAGAUGAUGCUGUUUGGAGCUCUACAGUACCACAUCAGUAAAGUGUCCCAGUCGGAGCCCCAGCUGAUGAGCACCAGUGCAGCCAUGGAUGACCUGGACUCAGCCUUGCAGUCCCUUGAAGUCAAGCUGGAGGGAGAGAGCAGCUCUGCAUCUGAGAUGCUGGAAAACAUGACAGCUCCAGAACUGAAUGACUAUCUAAAGAUAUUCAGGCCCAAAAGACUGACUCUGAAGGGAUAUAAACAGUACUGGUUCAAGUUCCAGGAUACUUCCAUCUCUUACUUCAAGAGCAAAGAGGAGAGCAUUGGAGAACCUAUUCAACAGAUCAAUCUCAAAGGAUGUGAGGUAGCCCCAGAUGUUAAUGUCACAGCAAGCAAGUUUCUUAUUAGGCUCCUGAUACCAGCACCAGAGGGCAUGAAUGAGGUCUACCUGCGCUGUGAAAAUGAGCAGCAGUAUGCUCAGUGGAUGGCUGGAUGUCGACUGGCCUCCAAAGGAAAGAGUCUGGCAGACAACAGUUUCCAGAGUGAGAUCCAGAGCAUCCGAUCCUUCCUGGCAAUGCAGAAGACCAAUGCUGGUUCCCAUGGCAACGCACAUGCUGCAGAUGAAAGCAUCAACACUCACAGCCUUGUGUCUCCACGUUACCAUAAGAAGUACAAAGCCAAACAGCUGACCCCACGUAUCCUUGAUGCAUACCAGAAUGUGGCUCAGCUCUCACUGACAGAUGCAGUGAUGCGCUUUCUGCAAAUCUGGCAAGCACUGCCUGACUUUGGCCUUUCAUAUGUUGUUGUCAGGUUCAAGGGUAGCCGAAAAGAUGAAGUACUGGGAAUUGCCCCCAACCGUCUGAUCCGCAUUGACCUGGGGGUGGGAGAUGUGGUCAAGACCUGGCGUUACAACAACAUGAAGCAAUGGAACGUAAACUGGGACAUACGACAGGUGGCCAUUGAGUUUGAGGGGAACAUCAACAUUGCCUUCAGCUGUGUGACGGCCGACUGCAAAAUUGUCCAUGAGUUUAUCGGAGGCUACAUUUUCAUGUCAACACGCAGUCGUGAGAAGAGUGACACGCUCAAUGAGGAGCUCUUCCAUAAACUUACUGGUGGCCAUGAGGCUCUCUAACAACUGACAUACAAACAUAUCUAGUUGUGUCAUAGCUCAUGUCAGACCUGUUUCAAAUCAUAUGGGGUACAAUAUAAACUCACCCUUGGGAAACAUCAGAAACAAACAGUACAACAAAGGAUGUACAUUUUAACUGUUAACCAGUUCGAAUCCAGCCUUUGUUCACCAUACACACCUUAUUCCUAAACUACAUUAAGCUGAUGAUUCGUUCAGAUAGUUUGGGCUUCACCAGUUCUUUUUGUUAAAUCAGCAUAUGUAGUAGCUCCAGUGGUCUAGUCCAGCAUCAGCAGGCACUUCAAUCAAACUCAUGGAAAUGUACUAUAAAAACACCACUUGAUUCAAAGAGCAAAGACAAUUCUCAUAUUUCUUUUCUUUUUACUCUUUUUACUCUUUAUGCUUUGUAGUGUCAAAUAUUGUGUUCAGUGUUGGUCAGGAUCCAAGUCCUUGCUUUACUCAGAGCAGUAUUUUUAUCAUGGUUAACACAACAACAUUUGUGUACAGGCUACAUUAAAACAGCCAAAUUUAUGAUGCCAGAAUCAGUAUCAAUGAGAAUACAGUAAAAUGUGCCAAUAUGAGACAUUCACACUUAAACAUAUGGAUAAACAAACAGUACAAUAAAUAGAUCUAUUCAGUUUUCAUUCUCA